UGCGAAUCCGAGAUGAACAAGAUCAAGGAUCUGCUCCAGGUGAGCUGCGUGGGCAAGGGGCUGCCCAGCAUCCCCGCCGGGCUGCCCAAGGACACGGGGAUCCUGCUGCUUGGCUCCAACUCCCUGGCCCGGGUGGCCAUGGCUUCCUUCCAGCACCUGCAGCAGCUGAGCGAGCUGGACCUGUCCAACAACAGCCUGGAAGCCCUGGAGGCCAGCGCACCGCUGCCCAAACUCCAGCAGCUGCUCCUGUCCCACAACAGCCUGGGGAGGCUGCCGGACUUCCGGGGACUGCCCGGCCUGAAGCGCCUGGCCCUGGGGCAUAACAACAUCUCCCGUGUGCCCGAGGGGGCCUUCCGCGACCUGGGGCAGCUGCGGGACCUGGAGCUCCAAGGCAACCGCCUGUGGCGCCUGCCCGCGGGAGCCUUCCAGGGCCUGGGGGAACUGAGGGACCUGGACCUGUCGGAGAACCUCCUGGAGGGGCUGCCCCCGGACCUGCUGGCGGAGCUGCCCAACCUGGAGAUCCUGCGGCUGGAAAGGAAC